UACCAGAAAUUCAAGGGAUCAGCGUUACACUUUUCCUAUAGGAUUAAACAGAUCUUCCUUUGCUCAUGAAUAGAGGCAGGGAACCUAGCGUUGCCCGGCCCUGAAGGCCCAGGGUGCCCUUUUGAUCAUUUCAGUCUCUCCUUGGUGCAAUGCUUUUGAUUGGCCAAGAGGGGGAAAAUCUUUAAUUAAGCAGAUAAUCUCUUGUUGGGACGAGAGCAGCUCCAUUUCAGAGCCCCCUCUCCAAUCUCGGAAGCCCUGGUGAAGUUUCGUGCGCUGGUAGCUCAGUUUCCUUUCCAUCUUCAGACUGUCUGCAGGCUUUGGACGGGUCAGAGUCCCCCUCACCUGCCAGGAUGUUCAUGCAUUUGGAGGUUUUCUAUUACGUUUUUAUACUCCUGGUUCACAUGAGGUCGUGCUGCAGCUGGUCAGUGAAUAAUUUCUUGAUGACUGGACCCAAGGCAUACUUGAUCUACUCCAGCAGUGUGGCAGCAGGAGCUCAGAGUGGCAUAGAGGAGUGUAAGUAUCAGUUCACAUGGGACCGCUGGAACUGCCCUGAGAGAGCUCUGCAGCUGUCCACCCACAGCAGCCUGCGCAGUGCAAAUCGGGAGGCAGCAUUUGUCCAUGCCAUCAGCUCCGCGGGAGUCAUGUACACUUUAACCAGAAACUGCAGUCUUGGAGACUUUGACAACUGUGGCGGUGAUUACAGCAUGAAUGGACAACGAGGUGGUCAUGGUUGGCUCUGGGGCGGCUGCAGUGACAAUGUUGGCUUUGGUGAGGCCAUCUCCAAACAGUUUGUUGAUGCCUUGGAGACUGGUCAGGAUGCUCGGGCAGCCAUGAAUCUCCACAAUAAUGAGGCUGGGCGCAAGGCUGUGAAGGGAACCAUGCAGAGGACAUGUAAAUGCCACGGGGUGUCAGGAAGCUGCACCACUCAGACCUGCUGGCUGCAGCUGCCAGAAUUCAGGGAGGUGGGGAACUACUUGAAGGAGAAAUACCAUAGGGCUUUGAAGGUGGAUCUCCUCCGAGGAGCGGGGAACAGCGCGGCCAGCCGGGGGGCCAUUGCUGAGACCUUUAGCUCCAUCUCUCGUAAGGAACUGGUCCACCUCGAAGACUCCCCUGAUUACUGCCUGGAAAACCGCACUCUGGGCUUGCCUGGCACAGAGGGUCGCGAAUGCCUCAAGAAGGGCAAGAACCUGAGCAAAUGGGAGAAAAGGAGCUGCAAGAGGUUAUGUGGGGAGUGUGGGCUGGCUGUGGAGGAGCGCAAAGCUGAGAUGGUGUCAAGCUGUAAUUGUAAAUUCCACUGGUGCUGUGCAGUCAAAUGUGAGCAGUGCAGGAAGACAGUGACCAAGUACUUUUGCGUAAAGAAGGGAAGUCAGAGAGGGAAGAAUGAGAGCGCUGGCAGCCGCAGGAAAAACCUCAGACUGAGGAAGAAACACUGAGCAUCUUCUUCAUCUUU